UGCUCAGAGGCCGAUACAUAGUGAGGGAUCAGCGGCUGAGAGCACGGAGCAGCUCCGGUGUCUGCGGAGGUUCAACAACAACAAUACAAACAAAUAUCAUCAAAUAUCGUCAACAGCUGAAGGAUCUGCGUGGUUUUCCUGUACGAGCGGAAGAGUCCGGUGUUUGUGGAUGGAUUGAAAUGUUAUUGUGAAAGGAACAUCCGCCUCCAGACCAGAUCAGCCCACUUAUCCCCCUGCAGACCUCCACAAGAAUGAACUCCUCGACCAAUGGCUCCUGCGCCUCCAUCGACAUCCUGGAGGAGCUGCAGCUGAUUGCUGCGCAGAACCUGGAGAAACUGGACGUCAACAAAUACUUUGAGGUCGUCCGGGAACUGGGGAAAGGAACCUAUGGGAAGGUGGACUUGGUCGUCCAUAAAAUCAGAGGCACAAAAAUGGCCCUUAAGUUUCUGAAGAAGAAGACCACCAAACUGAAGAGCUUCCUGAGAGAGUACAGCAUCUCCCUUUACCUGUCGCCCUGCCCGUUCAUCAUCAACAUGUACGGCAUCGCCAUCGAGACGCACGAGCACUACGUCUUCGCUGAGGAGUACGCGCUCGCUGGAGAUCUGUUCGACAUCAUCCCUCCUCAGGUGGGACUCCCGGAGACAGUGGCAAAGCGCUGUGUCCACCAGGUGGCAAUGGCUCUGGAUUACCUGCAGUGUAAGAAACUGGUCCACAGGGACAUCAAGCCCGAGAACAUCCUCAUCUUUGACGUGGAGUGCAGAAAGGUCAAGCUGUCGGACUUUGGCAUGACUCGCUGCACGGGCUCUCCGGUGAGGCGCGUGACUGGCACAAUCCCGUACACGGCGCCCGAGUUGUGUGAUAAUUCGCGACAGGACAGUUUCUGCGUGGACCACAGCACGGACGUGUGGGCUUUUGGUGUCCUGCUCUUCUGCAUGCUGACAGGAAACUUCCCCUGGGAGAAGGCCAUGCCCAACGACAGCUUCUACGAGGAGUUUGUCCGAUGGCAGCGUCGCCGGACGGCUACAGUGCCGUCACAGUGGCGCCGCUUCACUGCUGAUUGUCUUCAGAUGUUUCGCAGGCUCCUCUCCAUCGAGCAGGAGCGACGGUGCUCCGCCAAAGAAGUCUUCAGCUACAUCAACCAGUGCUGGAUGUUGGACACGGAGAACGGGAACAGCAGCAGCAGCAGUGAAGGUUUUAUGAGCAGCGCUCCUCCUCUGGACAUCAGCUCGUCUUCGUCUGAAGAAAAGGUGUUAGUGGACAGACUGAAGCAGCAGAGCCUGUCUCCAGCCUGCGUGGCCUCCAAGGGAAGCAUCAUGAUGGACACCCACUACUCCUCCACGUCCAGCAACAGCUCACCGUCCUCCACCGGCGACUACGAUCGGGCCAACAGAGAAAACAACGAAAGAGGGCGCAUCCUGGUGGCCACACCCAUCGAGAUCUGUGUGUAGAUGCUGCGAGUGCUGUGUGACCGGUUUACCUGCUCAGGUGUGAGCUGAUUUCUCCCCGUUUGAAGAAAGAGGGAGGAAGGUGUGGUGACACAUGCUUGGUGGGUCGGGACGUACAAUUUAGCCUCACCGCGGACUGAACCAUUUCUUUCUUCAUCAAACACCGAGGAAAUGACCUGUGAGACAAUCGCUCACUGUCGCUCCCUGCGUGUCGCCUCUGCUUACGCUGCUGAAAGAGUUCAAGACCAACAAAAACAAAACAGCAAUAUGUUCUAAGGCUGCAACUCGCGAUUAUUUUCAUAAACAAUGAAGUGAAAGAUCACGAUAAUUAAUUAAUUGUCAAAUUAGUUGACGAUUAUUAAUCGCUCAGUUGUUGCCGUCCUAAUAUUCUUCAGAUGUUUGAAAUAAUCAGUACAGAUAGAAUCUGUGAUCGUGUUGUGUUAAUUGUCGUGCAACACUUUGACGUUUGGUAGAUGAUGUGAAGUGUGUGUCUGAGAAAGUGUGUUUUCUUCUUUUUCUUUUGGAUUUAAAUGAUUUAUUUAUGUCGGAUGCACUUAUUUAUGAUUUGUUCUCGAGUGGCCUUGGACACCUGAAGUCUUCUCUCUGAAAACUGCAAUUUAUAUUUAAUUUAUUAAUAUUCUCCCUCAUGUUGUUGUCGUCGUCACUGUUGUCUGAAUGAUUUUAUUUUCCCUUCCUAAAAUGUGUAUUUCAUGUUUACCUGUGAUGCCUGAACCCACUGUGCAGUAGCAAACAACAAUACAAACACCUCGUAUUCAACAGUAGAUGUGUUAUUGUGUCUUAUUUUGUUUAAACAUUCCUCCUUUAAACUAAGAGCCAUUAAUGAACAAAACUGAGGAAAGUCCUGUAAAAUCACAAGUUACAAACUUGCAUGGUUCAUUAAAGAAUUCCUGAUUAGUGAUAAAUUUGUUGUAUUUGUUUUUAAAUGGCAUGAUCCUGGAAAUUAAAUUAAAUAUGUAAAUAAAUGAAUUUUGAGUAGAUAAAGUUUGAAUGUUAAGCUAACAUUUUACAGUAACAUUACAGUAUUUUCGCUGUACAACAACACAUUCCUUUUACAUCGGAACUGGGAGCGAUGUCCCCUCCGAGUAGAUUGCGUAACAGUUGAGAAAACAGGGUAAAAAACACAGAAAAACAAGGAUAUAUCUUGGGCUAGCAAAAGCACAUGGUAUUUUUCCUCACACAAACAACAUAGCAACAUUUACACCCACAAAAAUUGAACAGUACUUUGUGUUUGAGUGAUUUAAUGUGAAACAAUAAAGUUUUUAUUAUUGACGUGAAUGGCAGCCAUCUUAGAAUCUUUUGUCCGGGUUGUUUUCCUGUUAAAUUAGUCAAUUUCGACCUCCACCUACGUUCUGGAACACAUUAAAAAGCUAAUUUCAGGAUCAAAAUGCUUCAGAUUUGUUUCCCCAAGUAUUGCAUGAAUAUUACUGUGGUCACAUUUUGUUUAAAUAAACUGUUUGGGUUUUGUUUUUAAA